AUGGCAACCGUUCCAGGGCCUCUGAUCUGGGAGAUCGUGAAGAAGAACAACUCCUUUCUUGUGAAGGAGUUUGGCAACGGAACUGCGAGUGUGCAGUUCAGCAAAGAGAGCAACAAUCUCUAUAACCUCAACUCAUACAAGCACUCUGGUAAUGCUCAAACCACAUUUUGUGCAAUAUUUUGCUUCUUCUGUUAA